UGCUUCCUGUGAGGACCGACUUCGAUGAGGAACUAAAACGAGCAGCCUCGAAGAACCCUGGGAGAGAGAGUUCCAGGUCAGACGUGCGGGCAAGAUGAGAGCACGAGGAGCCAACGGAACAACCGGGCAAGUAGAGAAUGUCAGUCAACAGUUGGACGACAACCAAAGCCACAUCCAACAGUUCCUCAUUCUUGGGGGAGAGCUGGGGCUCAAAUACUUCUACACGGAGCUCUCAGUUUUCCUCCUGGUGAUCUACCUCCUCAUAGUCAUUGGUAACAGCGUGGUUUUCAUUGCGGUGGUGCUGGAGACCAAGCUGCACACGCCCAUGUACAUUUUCCUCGGCAAUCUCUCCGUAACAGACAUCGUUAUUACGACCAGCGUUCUCCCCAAGUUCAUAUCCGUGGGCUUCCUGAAUGACAUCGCCAUUUCCUACUCGGGGUGCUUCCUGCAGCUGAUGACUUAUUUGGGAUUUCAGGCUUCAGAGGGCGUUUUGCUCGCUGUCAUGGCUUAUGACCGCUACGUGGCCAUUUGCAAUCCUCUGCGCUACAACGAUAUCAUCACUCCCCGGGUGUGUGCUCUGCUCGCGGUCUCUACUUGCAUUACAGGAAUUUUAAUACCCCUUCCAAUCGUAAUCCUAUCAGGAAUGUUACCGUACUGUGGGAACCACAUCAUGUUCUGGUUUUGUGAUUUCCCUCCUGUCAUCGCACUGUCCUGUUCGGACACAACCCCCCUGCUCUUCCUAGCUCUCGGGAAUGCUGUAGCGGUAAUGGGCGUCACUGGAAUUGUCAUUAUUUGGACAUACAGUCGAAUAAUUUUCACAGUUUGUAAAAUUAAAUCUGAAGACGGCCGUAAAAAAGCCUUCUCCACCUGCUCCUCCCAUCUCAGCAUUGUAGUCCUGUUCUAUUCUGCACAUCUUUGUGUCUAUAUAAGUUCCACAGUAAAAAAUGUUCAUCCGAAUGUUCUCAUCUUGAUCUCCAUCAUGAACUGUUUACUGACUCCGUUUGCGAACCCCAUCAUUUACAGCUUGAGAAACAAAGAGCUGAAGACCGCUAUUCAAAAACACUUCAACAUCAGACAGGUUUUCUCUCGUUUACAUCCCCUGUAAAUUCUCCAGUGAGCGUUUUCUUCGUUCUUUCAUGUUUACAUGCAUGCUGUGAAACACAUCUGGUCGUGUUUUAUUUAAUUUAUGACAUGUUUAUUUUUAU